AUGAUGCAAGUGAAGAUUCUGAAAGCAUGGCCUAGAAGGAGGCAGCCUAAUAAUGGAGGUGUAAGCUGUGAAACAUGGUGCUCAUGGAAAUUAUCAUCGUCCAUGCAUAAAGAUGAGGAUGAAGACUACAUUCCAAGAGAUGUCCCAAAGGGUCAUUUGGUAGUCUAUGUUGGUGAAAACAAAAGCAGGUUUGUCAUCAAUGUGAAACUGCUAAAAAAUCCUAUGUUCAUCGAAUUGUUGGAUCAAGCUCGAGAAGAAUACGACUUCACUACUGAUUGCCAGCUCUAUAUCCCUUGCCAUGAGUACGUUUUCCUUAGUGUGAUUCAUUGUGCAAGGGAUUAA